AUGGCUUUUGCCAAUGUUUCAAUGAUUAUGCAAUCUAUUAACUCAAUUGUUAAUGAUACGGUAGGUUUUGGCGGGAAAUUCGGCAUUUUUUGAAACUAAAUAAGCCUGGGCUUGUUUGGUGUCAAAAAACGUGGAAUUUUUUCCACAUGCCUAAACUGGGCCCCAAAUUUUCCAAUAAAAAUUCCAGGUCGAUCCACAAAUGACAUUUCUGACAAUGAUAAUUGUCGUCGUUCAGACGGCUAUUAAAGCCGUUUUGAUGUAUUUGUGCUAUAAGCGAGCGUCAAACUCCAGUCUAGUUAUAGCCAUGGAUUUGAGGUACAGUACUUUGGGGCUUUAAGGAACCUUAGGAGGUUGCCAGAAUCUCAUUUUCCUGGCUUCAGAAAUGACUUGGUCACCCGCUCCCUGGCCUUGGUGUGCGGAUAUUUGGGUGACUAUGUUUGGCGUCUGGCAGAUCCGGUUGGUGCAAUUUGUGUUUGCACGUGGAUCGCAUUUUCGUGGUGUCAAAAUGCUAUCGAGAAUAUUCCGCAACUUACCGGAAGAGCUGCGGAACGAGAUCAGAUGGCUAGAAUUUUGAAUAUCGCUGUCAAACAUGACAAGAGGAUUCAGUGAGUUCAUGGGGUACUGUAGAAUUUUUUAGCGCGAAAAUUUGGAAUUUUUUGAAUCCAAACAUGUCUAGGGUUACUGUAUUUUUCAGAUUCAUCGAUCAUUCAAUGAUCUACUAUACUGGUCAAAAUGCACAAGUCGAAUUGCACAUUGUUUUGGACGAAAAUAUGAAGCUGAAACAGACGCACGACAUUUCACACGAUUUGGAGAAGAAAAUACAGAAAUUGGAUUUUGUUGAACGUUGUUUUGUACAUGUGGAUUAUAAUUGUGAUGGGGAUUGA